AUGGCGGUGCACCCGCCCGCGAUGGGCGGCAAGACGGCGUGGGGCGUCGGCGAGGUGACGAGCCGACCGACCGAUGACCCCACGGAGAUCCUCAGGGCGAAGCAGGCGCAAGCCGACUUCGAGGCGAGGGAGGAGGCCAGGCUGCAGCGCCUGAAGGCGAUGGAGAGAGAAGCGUCCAACAUCGCCGAGACCAGGGCGGCCAGGCGCCAGGCGUUCCAGCCAGAGAUGACGAAGGGCGUGGACGAAUUCAAGAAGAGGCAAGACGAGAUCCUGAAGAGGAUGGAGGAGGCCCAGUGUGCUCUGCCGGGCUGGCGCUGCCUCGGCCGCCUGGGCGUCCCGCCCCCUCGCUGGCGCGCGGGCGGGGCGGCCCAGCACGCGCAGCACUCAGCGCCUGCAGGAUGCGGCCGGGAUGGGGGCGUCCGCGGCUCGCCGAGCUGCGCGGGCGCGGCGCCACCUUGCGGCAGAAGCCGCGGUGCGGGCGCACGCGAGGGCCCGCGGAAGCCCAGGCUCCUGGCAGGCGGCGCCAUGGCCUCAGGCGCAAGGCCCUUCACGGUGAGUUUCAAGGACCACGUCGGCGCUAUCGCGGAGGACGGCGGCGAGCAGCUGGAGCCUUUGGAUAGCAGGCCGCGGGCGUGGUUGCCCAGGGAGCUCAGGCACAUGCGGACAUCGGGGCCAGCAGCGGGCCUUGGGGAACCCAGACAGGGGCAGACCCCCAAGGAGGGCAACUGA